AUGAAUUCACGGGGCAUAAAAUAUCUCUUCCACAAAGGAGAACGAGUGCUGUGUUUCGAGCCUGAUCCCACCAAAGCCAAAGUUCUGUAUGACGCAAAGGUUUUGGAUGUGUUGAUCGGUUCAGAAGAACAUGGAAGGAGAGUCCCAAAGUAUUUGAUUCAUUUCAAUGGUUGGAAUCGAAGUUGGGAUCGCUGGGCUGCAGAGGAUCAUGUCCUAAGCGACACAGAAGAAAACAGAAAAUUGCAACGUAAAUUGGCUCGUAAAGCUCUAGAGCGCAUGAAGAAAAAGGCAUGGGCGAAGCGGCGCCGUCGUCCAUCUGGUUCUAAAACGGUUUUGAAGAGUCUGCCUAAAGAGGAGGACAGUGAGGAUGCAUGUUUGAUUUCCUCCUCUGACAGCACAGACGCAGAUGAUUCUGACCCUGAUUCUUCUAAUAGUGGAGACAGUGCUUUCUCUGAGGAUAUUAACAAAAUGAGGGUUGAAGCGGACAUCAACGUGAAGCGGGAGUGUGAGGAGAAGGCUGUCCAUGUGGACAUCAACAUUCCAGAUGUUCUGAAGAAGAAACUAGAGGACGACUGCUUUUACGUCAACAAGAGAAAGAAGCUGGUGAUGGUCCCCUGCCAGACUAAUGUGGUGCAUAUUUUAGAGUCUUAUGUCAAACACUUUGCUAUAAACAAAGCUUUUAUGGCCAACGAGAGGUACAGGCGACAGCAGGCCUCGCAGAACAGUGCUCCACAGCCUGUGUCUCCUGAAAAGAGUGAGGAGCUGUGUAAAGAGAUGGUGGAUGGACUGAGGAUCACGUUUGACUUCACACUGCCCAUGAUCCUGUUGUAUCCGUGUGAACAAGCUCAGUUCAAAAAAGUCAGCUCCUCACGACUCUUCUUGGCCAUCAACCAGAACUCUCCUUCCUCCAGCAACAUCCAGAGAGAGAGGAGUCCCAGCCCUCCUGUUCACAAUCCUCCAACUCCUCAGUCCACAGACAGUCAGCCUGCGCUCAGUGACGUGUCCACCACACCCACCACCACCACCACCACCACCACCGCCACUGCUGCUGCUGCUUCUGCUGCCAACCCCACCCCCAAACGCAGGAGGCACCCAGACACCGACUGCAUCAACUUCCAGAGCCAGAGCUUAAGACGAUCCACCAGGAACUCUUCCGGAGGAGAGCGUCCAGCAGAGGGCAGCAGUGGAGGCUAUCACAGCUCAGGAGGGGGCAGUGCCACAGCGUCUCCUCAGACUAAACGCAGAAUCGCUGAGAGUCCAGCGCAGCCAAAGUUUUUCCUCAACCUCGAACGGAAGACUCCGGUCCACAGCGGCUCGUCCUCCCCACUGCCCUUGACACCGAACAAAGAGCGCAGCGGCCCCUUCUAUGGUCUGGAGAGCCGACGAAACAACGAGCUCAACGAGGUGUUGAGCUGGAAGUUGACUCCUGAUAAUUACCCCAUGACCGACCAGCCUCCUCCUCCAUCGUAUCUCUAUGGAUCACAGCAUCUGCUCCGGCUUUUUGUCAAACUUCCGGACAUCCUCGGAAAGAUGCAGAUCCCAGAGAGGAAUCUGAGGGCGCUCAUCAAACACUUGGAGCAGUUUCUCAGGUAA